AUGGAAUCCAGCGGCAUUUGGCCAGCUGCAGGUCGUCUUCCGUACGGCUCGCAUCCAGACCCUAUGACACCUGAAAUACACCCUGCAAAUACUUGCAUGGCCAUUAAUGACCUACCAACGUCCCUGUUUGACGGGUACACGCCGUUGCCCAUGCAGACAGAGACGGAUGUAUCGUAUUGGCUUCAGCAAUGUGGACCAGCAGGACCUGAACCACACGACGAGACUUUUGCUUUCACAGGCGCCCAGUCCCUCUUCCGCGACGUAGAUUGGAAGGUGGCUAAUCCUGACCCAAACUACUCAAACCCGAAACAGAAGGGGAAAUACAAAAACAGCGCAGCUCGCAAGGAUGGGGGAAAGCGAGACGAAAUACAAAACUUGUUUGACAAGCUCGCUGGCAAGGUCUCUCCUGGCCGAAGUGGGAUGACCCGAAAGGAGAUUUUGCUGGCAUCACUGAAACACGUUGAAAGCUUGGAAAGUAGGCUGGCAGCACAACCUGAGUCUCAGCCCAGAAAGGUGCUUUUUGUCAGUCCGGCCUGUCUCUCUAAUGCGGCGAGCGAACCGGAGCCGUCAGUACAUUUCGCAACACAAUCUUGCGAAGAAGCCGCGGCAUCGGGGAGCCAAGGAUGCUUGGGCAACGGUCUCACAUCUUCGUGGCCAACACAAGAACAGUGUCCGGAAGUGGGAGCCGCCGCUGCACUAGUUGGGCUGUUUUGCAGCCCUAAGGACAACAAAUCAAACGAUCGUGGGUUGGCAAUACAAGAUCUUAUCACGUAA